GCAGUCGUGGAUGCCCGGUUGUGAUAUUCCCGCGUAGAAAAAAAGGAAUAUUGACUCGAUAAACGCGAUCGCGAGACAGCGUCGAGAGGGAGCGGCAGGGAAUGAGCGAGAAGGACAGAAAGAGAGAGAAAAAGAGAGCGCCGCGCUCGACCAAUCGCCGUGUUUCAUGACUCCGUUGUCGAUGAGACGGUCGUCGCUCGACGUAACCUCAGUCGCUUACGUGGAAAUACGCCUGCUAGGCGACGCGAGCAAAUCGAGCGAGCGAAAAUUAUAAUAUGAAAAACAUACGGAUAUAUAUAAAUACAUAUAUAUACAUUGCGUUUGAAACACGCGAUCUAACGUCGUUCGCGUACGUACUUUCGUAUUAGUACCAUUUUUAAAUACGGAAUCACGCUAUAUGCGCGAAUAUUCGUGUCGGACGCGAAGAACGACGGAAAGUCACGUUGCUACGCUGAUUGCCAAGCAGAAAGAUAGGGAGCGAGUGUGCUGUCGUGCGUAAGAACAGAAGAGAGAGAGAGAGAGAGAGAGAGAUAGCAGGCGCACCGCAACGCUCCGUAGAGAAAGGAGCUUCUCCGUAGAAUCUCCUCACGCUUCCCUCCGACCACUCCGACACACUGCACAAGGUGUCGAAGCACGUCGCCGCGCGUAUUCGACCGAAUUUCGCGGCCCGUAAGCGUGAGCGGGACGAUUGCAAUAGAGACAGAAGAGGGGGAGAGAGAGAAAAAAGUGCGUAUAUGCAUGUUGUGUGAGAGAAAAAAAAAGGGAGGUAGACGUAUAAGAGAUACAUAGACGCGAUCAAAAGCAAUAGAGAAGGACAACGCGAUAACGAGAAAAAGGACACUGACGGGCGUGGAAGAGAGACGGAAGAAACGGCGAUCGAGUGGGAGAAAAACGGAUUCCUAAGGUGUGGGACAGAGUGAGAAGGGCGACGAAUCGGGUGGCGCGAGAGAAACGGAUAGAGCGAUUCGACGGAGAAAGCGUGACGGACGUAUUCCGUGGCAAGAUCGAGUAGUGAGAAGGGAUACACGAACUCGGGGACGAGUACGUGAAAAAGAGAGAAAGAGAAAGAGAGGCGCAGUCAAGUGGAGGGGAUAGAGGCGCAACCCGAGCGGUGCUGCCGCCUAUUGGCAACGUCGCGUCGGCUCCCCACCCGGGCCAGUGUCGAGCGAGGUCCGAUGGAGAGUGCUUUACAGUAGUGUGAUUAUCCCUCGAGACGUCGCGUAGUGCCGAGAGAACGUUCGUUCGUACUCUGUGCUCGCAGAGUGAGAGACGGAUACUGUAAAGCAUCCAGUGCGCGCAUUUUUCUUAUUUCUAUUUUGACAAUUCCGCGCGUAUAUAUAUAUAUAUACACAUACACGUAUAUAAUAUACAUCCUCUCGGAUCUCUCUGUUGGCGAGACUCGACAGAGUUCGUAACGUCGCUCGGUACUCUCCCACCAUCGUGAUCGAUUUCCCACGCGACGCGCUUACUCGCGCCGCACUGGUGAGGGAAUUGACGAGGGUGAAGUAGGAUUCUUCGACGAAGAGCGGACGAGAUACGGCAACGCCGCCCGUGGCAGCGGCGGUGGUGGCGGCGGCAACAGCAGCAGCAGCAGCAGCAGCGACGGGGACGGCGGACGACGCGGCGUUUUACGGAGCAACGGCAGCAGGCGGCGUUGGUGCUGCGCCCCGACGGCCGUCGAUCGAAGCCCGCGUUAUCGCAAUGGCUUCCGUGAAAGACACCGCGACUUUCUUUGCGGAGGGCACCGCGAUACAGUUCGAACACGUUUUCAAACUUUAUCCACAGGCAUUACGUCUCAAGGCCGAUCACAAAUCGAAAAAACCCGAGGAGCUGAUCAAGCUAGAUAACUGGUAUCAGAAUGAGCUUCCUAAGAAGAUCAAGUCACGUGGCAAGGACGCGCACCUCAAUCACGAGGAACUGGUACAGACGAUGAAAUGGAAGCAAAUACGCGGCAAGUUCUACCCACAGCUGUCCUACCUGGUAAAGGUGAACACACCGCGCGCCGUGAUGGCUGAAACAAAGAAAGCAUUCAAAAAGCUUCCGAAUCUCGAACAGGCAAUUACGGCGUUAUCGAAUCUGAAGGGCGUCGGUACUACGAUGGCGUCCGCCCUGCUUGCCGCAGCGUCGCCGGAAAACGCGCCCUUCAUGGCUGAUGAGUGCCUGAUGGCGAUACCCGAGAUCGAGGGCAUUGAUUACACCACUAAAGAAUACCUAAACUUUGUCCAGCACAUUCAAAACACCGUCGAGAGGCUGAACAAGCAGACGUCAAAUGGUAAGACAUGGAGCCCACAUAGAGUCGAGCUGGCGUUGUGGACGCACUACGUGGCAUCCGAGCUAAAGCCAGAGCUGCUCGAUGGCAUCCCGGGCUCGACAGAGAACGGCAACUCGCACGGCGCCAGCAAUGGCGAGGCAACGGAGCCAUCGGAUGACAGUAAUCAGGAGACGGUAGCGAAUGGCAAGGACACAGCGGCGCUCGAUCCGGCAGCGAUCGACGAAAACAGCACGACAACAUCUUUUACCGAAGAUUCGAUGGACAAACCAGCGACACCGAUCACUGCCAGCGAUCAUGCCGUUGUAGGCGCUAGCGAAGACACAAACGAUUCCAUCAUUACCAACGACAGCAGCAACAACGCGACGCCACGACCUACCGACAGCGAGGACACCGAGGAGGACUCGCAAGACGCGCAGGAGCCGCCUACCAAGAAAAGCAAGAAGUGACCCGAUCGGCUCGGUGACGCGACAAGCAACAACGUCAGCACUUUCGUGCCCGCCAGAAGUCUGUCGAUCAUUGCGGCACCGCGUCGUCGAUUCUGAAUCAUCAAUCCGGAUGAUGGACCGACGGACGGACGUACGACGGAUGGACAGACGAACGGAUAGGUAGAAUAGAAGAUGGAUGCACGGACGGACGGACGCGGAUGAAUGGAUGAAUUAUUCUAUAUGCGCGAUUGCUUGGACGGAGCAUAGCCGCUCGCUUCAUCCUCGACUCUUAUUGCGACAGGAGGAGCGAAAAAAAAAAAGGGAAAGGAUUCAUGGGAUUGCAGAAUAUUCUGAACGCAUUCUGAAAUCCUCAAAUCUUUUAUCUCACUCUGUUUCUUUCCCUCUUCUAGUUUUUUCCGCAUUUCAUCCACGAUUAUGUCUCGUUUUCUUAUGGCUCCUCCCGUUCUGGUAAGCAUUUUUACCGAGUGACCGACGAAUAUGCAUUCUCGUUGAUACUAAAUGUCAGUUGGUGAUACAGCUAGAUUCUCAUUGUUGUUGUUCGGACAAUCUCGUGUAUUCACAUAAAUGUCAAAGAGUUUUGCACCGUCUUUUGAUUAUGGAUCUCCUGUAUAAAGUAUGUUGGAGCGGACGAGGAAACGUGAAAGUAUAUAUACUCAAUGUUAUUAAAAAUAAAAGAUUUUCGCGAAUAUAUACGUAUAAGAGAUAAGCCUUUGUAUCCCUAUUAACGAUAUUUUGCAUAUCUUUUAAAAAAUAUUAAUCUGACUAAUAUAUAUCUUAAAUUUUUUUGAAAAGUUUAAUAUAAUUUUUAAAAUCUUUUGUUUUGGAGAUUAAAAAUUUGCUAUAAAGCUUUGAAUUAUUUUAUAUUUGUUAAAAAAAAUUCAUGAAAUAUGAAAAUUUUGCGUUCACAGAAUUAAGGUGUUUAUUUCCCGAUCAUGUUUUAUGUUGAAUCAACAACUUACGUUGUUAGAUCUUUGAAUCGUCAAAUCCGCCCGAAUGCUCCCUUCUUCCACGACUCCUUGAUCGCCGCUCUUCAACGCAAACACAACUGCCGUUCUACUAACAAGAAGAUGAUGCAAAACUUUCUUGAAAUAUACAUUUCUCGUUCACUUUAUAAUCCACCCUUCACAGUAUCAUAUAUCUUAAAUAACGAGACUCCCUCGUUCUUUUUAUCUUCGAUAGUCGCAAUCUUUGGAAUUUCCAAUCGCGAAACUUAUUUGUCGCAUUAUUUUUUUUCUUCUUUUUCCUCGAAUCCCAAUAAAUAGUUAAUUUAAAAAAGUGUUGUAAAAGCGAUGUUGUAUAUUUACGUGCAAAUAAUCAUGGAAUAGAAUCUAUAAAUCGUGAUUUAAAUUAUGAAAUAAACUCGUAAUACAUGCGAGUUGACACAAAAAAAUAAAAACUAAAUGCAACUUUUUAUUUCUUAUCCAUUAUAAGAAAACGAUACAAAAUAAAACUCAAGGAUUCUACGUGAGCGUAAAUAUUCAACAUCAACAUAAAAUUGUACACGUCUCCAAACUGGAAACUUUAUUUCUUGAUAAUAUAAUUAAAAAAGUAAAGAUUCUCAACUUGCAAAUAUUUUUUUGAAAAUAUGAAAACAUUCAAUUAAAUAUUUUUGCAUCUUUAAAUUUGUAAAAUAUUUUAUUUUUUUAAAAGAAUCUUCGUAGGAUCAUGUAUGGAUUCUUUUCAGGAUACGUGUAUAAUUUUCAUUUAUUUGAUGAUCGAUCAAAUUUUAUUUAUUUAUUUUUUUUGCGACGUAAAUUAAUGUACAGUGGAGUUCUCAAAUUAUUCCUUAAGAAGAGAUGAUCAUUGUUGCAAAAAAGAAAGGAGAGGAAAAAAGAGUGAGAAAAGGAGAGAUGUAUGUGAGAAGGGGAGAAGAGAGCAAAUCACUCCGUGAGCAGUAAAAAACAAAAAAAAAAAAACAAAAGCGAAAA